GCGCUGAAGCCCAACGAGGUGGUCAGCGCCGCCAGUCCCAGCAUAUCGUUCUCGAUGUUCCACCCCAUCACGGUGAAGCUGCUGCUGACGGAUCCAACCAACCACUACAUCUUCACGCCGGCCUGUCACGUGUUCACACAGGUGACUCGCUUCACCGAGGUAUGUUCGUGGGUGACGCCCAACAUGAUCAGCGUGCUGCGGUUAGUGGUGGUGCUGCCGGCGAUGCGCCUCCUCCUCUCCGAGUCAGCCGCGCUCCGGCAGGCGGGCAUCCUCGUCGUGCUCCUUGGCGAGUGGAUGGACGCGCUGGACGGCUUCGUGGCGCGUCUGCGCUCCUCCAGCCAGGCGGUGACCUCGGAAGUCGGUACGCUCGGCUACUACAUGGACGGCGUGUGCGACGGCAUCAGCUGCGCCAUGCUGAUGCUGACGUGCCUGGCGUACUUGCGCCGCCACCCUCCGCGCCAGAGUGACCUCUCCCUUCAGCUGCCCGUCAUCUGCUCCAAGGUGGAGCCGCGCCCAUCGGAGUCCAAAGAGGCUCUUUUGGGCGGCGGCGGCGGCGGCGGCGGCUCCUCGACUGGGCCCCGGCUGCCGGUACCGCCCCGCCUUCUGCUGAUCAACAUACUGCUCUUCUCCGGCCAGCUGCUGUUGACGUCUGUCGGCUGGAACCACGCCGUCACCGGCUACCAGCGCGAGCUGCAGAACGCCGACGGCUCGCACACGGCCCGGCAGCUGACUGUGUUGAAGGCGUCUACCACCUGGAUUCUAAUGUGGUUCUGGCGGGUGGCCUGCUUCCACUCUAUGCUGCACUGUUUCAUAAUCGCCGUCUUGUUCAACAAGAUGUGGGAAUUUAUCAUUGCAGUGCGUUACAUCGGUUAUGUCGCGCUGCUGGCCCUGAUCAUCCUCAACGAAGUCCACCUACAGACCAUCGUGCUAUACUUCUAGUGACGUCGGCGGCCGCUGGGCGGCCUCGGCAGCUCCUAGUCGCCUGUCAUGUCACGGCUGCUCUUGCGCCCGACACGCGCCGGUCCAGGGCUGUGCUGCCGUCCGGCUGGGGCGCAGCGGCCGGCUGGGAAGGGUUACAUUGAUGCUCCGAGCCGCUCGUUCCCCGCCAUCCGGCGAACGGCGACCGGUAGCGGCCCGCGCCUGCCUCAACCUCGCCUGGACGGCUGAUACACCGCGCCUGGCGCCGUCUGGAUAUCAGCGGUAGUCAAGGUCCGCCUCAUGGCCGCAUUCAGCCGUGUUUCGGUAGAUGUCGUUCGAGCUUGUUUGCUCGAGUUGUUAUCGAGGUGCAGGGUUUGAGGUGAGGGAACUGUUGAAAUUUUGGGCUCCUGUUGAUAUGCAGGACUGCAUCCAGUGCCAGAUCUGACCGAGAUUGUCGCGGUGCCGGAGGUGACUGCAGCCAUGCGCGACUUGCGCUUGGACAUGAUGGCCCUUGUUUCAGUUUUGAAAAAACAAUCUGGUUAAUGUGCCAGCAUUAAUCUAAGGUGCAGAUAUGUUCCCGGCAUUCCGUCUUUGUAAUUAAGCCGACAAUCGAAAC